CUCCUCUGUUCAGCCUAUAUAAGGCUCCCAGUCGGAGCCCCGGGUACACGCGCUUCAACUUCGGUUGGUGUGUGUCGAAGAAACCUGACUACGACCUGGGAGAACAGCUGAGAGGGUCCACCGAUCCUCGAAAAGGUCCGCUGAGCGGGCUCGCGGCCGGAGCCACUCCGGGCUGCGGAGCACCCAGUGGAGCCCACGCCUGGCACAGGUGUGGGACCCCAUCCUUCCUGUCUUCGCAGAGGAGUCCUCGCGUGGUGAGUAUGCGAAACAAAAAGCUUUUGAAAACCAAAAGAAGAAAGGGUGGAAGAGGUGGCCAGGAGCCAGGCCUCCAUCCCCACAGGAGUGAAGCUACAUUUGGGAGGUCCCCUCCCACCCCAAUUCUCACCCUGGGGCCCGACUGCCCACCUCCUCCUCCUCCUCCUCCCCCAUCCUCCUCCUCCUCCUCUCACAGUGGCCAGAGAGGCCAGUACAUCCCCAACCUGGCAGAGCGGCGCCGGGACGAUCUCUCAGAAGAGAUCAACAACCUCAGAGAGAAGGUCAUGAGGCAGUCCGAGGAGAACAACAACCUGCAGAACCAGGUGCAGAAGCUCACAGAGGAGAACUCCAACCUCCGUGAGCAAGUGGAGCCCACCCCCCAGGAUGAGGAAGAUGACCUUGAGCUCCGGGGUGCUGCAGCCGCUGCUGCCCCACCUGCUCCUGUAGAGGAAGAGUGCCCUGAAGACCUUCCUGAGAAGUUUGAUGGCAACCCUGACAUGCUGGUACCUUUCAUGGCCCAGUGCCAGCUCUUCAUGGAAAAGAGCACCAGAGAUUUCUCAGUUGAUCGUGUCCGCGUCUGCUUCGUGACAAGCAUGAUGACCGGCCGUGCUGCCCGCUGGGCCUCUGCCAAGCUGGAGCGAGCCCACUACCUGAUGCACAACUACCCAGCCUUCAUGACUGAGAUGAAGCACGUAUUUGAAGACCCGCAGAGGCGAGAGGCUGCUAAACGCAAAAUCAGACGUCUGCGCCAAGGCAUGGGGUCAGUCAUCGACUACUCCAAUGCUUUCCAGAUGAUUGCCCAGGACCUGGAUUGGAACGAGCCUGCGCUGAUUGACCAGUACCACGAGGGCCUCAGCGACCACAUUCAGGCGGAGCUCUCCCGCCAAGAAGUCGCCAAGUCGCUGUCCGCACUGAUUGGCCAGUGCAUCCACAUCGAGAGAAGGCUGGCCAGGGCGGCUGCAGCCCGCAAGCCACGCUCCCCACCCCGGGCGCUCGUGUUGCCUCACGUCACCAGCCACCACCAGGUGGAUCCCACCGAGCCUGUGGGGGGUGCCCGCAUGCGCCUGACUCAGGAAGAGAAAGAAAGACGCAGAAAGCUGAAUCUCUGCCUCUACUGUGGGAAUGGAGGUCAUUACGCUGACAACUGUCCCGCCAAGGCCUCAAAGGCUUCGCGCGGGAAACUCCCCGGCCCCGCUGUAGAGGGACCUUCAGCGACCGGGCCAGAAAUAAUAAGGUCCCCACCAGAUGAUGCUUCAUCUCCUCACUUGCAAGUAAUGCUCCAGAUUCAUCUUCCGGGCAGACACACCCUGUUCGUCCGAGCCAUGAUUGAUUCUGGGGCUUCUGGCAACUUCAUUGAUCAUGAAUAUGUUGCCCAGAAUGCAAUUCCUCUGAGGGUCAAGGACUGGCCAAUACUGGUAGAAGCAAUUGAUGGACGUCCCAUAGCAUCGGGCCCCGUUGUCCAUGAAACGCACGACCUGGUAGUCGACUUGGGAGAUCACCGUGAGGUGCUGUCGUUCGAUGUGACCCAGUCUCCAUUCUUCCCCGUCGUCCUAGGGGUUCGCUGGCUGAGCACACACGACCCCAACAUCACUUGGAGCACCCGAUCGAUCGUCUUUGAUUCUGAAUACUGCCGAUACCACUGCCGGAUGUAUUCUCCAAUACCGCCGACUCUCCCACCACCAGCACAGCCAUCCUUUUACUACCGAAUGGAUGGAUACAGAGUUUACCAACCAGUGAGGUAUUAUUAUGUCCAGAAUGUGUACACGCCAGUAGAUGAAAACGUCUACCCAGAUCACCGCCUGGUUGACCCUACCAUAGAGAUGAUACCUGGAGCACACAGUAUCCCCAGCGGACACGUGUACUCACUGUCCGAACCAGAAAUGGCAGCUCUGCGUGAUUUCGUGGCCAGAAAUGUGAAAGAUGGGCUGAUUACUCCAACAAUCGCACCUAACGGAGCCCAAGUUCUCCAAGUGAAAAGGGGGUGGAAACUGCAAGUUUCUUACGACUGCCGAUCUCCCAACAAUUUCACCAUCCAGAAUCAGUACCCUCGACUCUCGAUUCCAAAUUUAGAUGACCAAGCUCACCUGGCAACGUACACGGAAUAUGUACCUCAGCUACCUGGAUACCAAACGUACCCCACAUAUGCCACGUACCCGACCUACCCAGUCGGAUUCGCCUGGUACCCAGUGGGACGAGAUGGACAUGGCCGCUCGCUCUACGUGCCUGUGAUGAUCACUUGGAAUCCGCAUUGGUACCGCCAGCCUCCAGUCCCUCAGUAUCCACCGCCUCAGCCACCCCCGCCGCCCCCACCACCACCGCCCCCGCCAUCCUACAGCACCCUGUAAAUUAGUGAUGUGCUUCAGUAUCUCUGCCCUCAGCUGAUUUGUGCCCAGCUUCUCAAUCAGUGACUGUGUGCUAAAUUGGGCUUUCCUGCAUCUUCAAGCCAGCCUGAGGCUGUCCUCUCUUGAAACGGCUACAGAAGGUCAGGGCCACGCUGGACUGGCACACACCCUAAAAGCACCAAAAGAUCUCCACCAUUUCCUGGGAGCCACAGAAUAUUCACCAACAGAUUCUUUCCCAGUUUUCCACCUUGACUGCCAAGGUGACUAAAAUGUGUAAUCAGUUGACUUCCCAGCGAAUCCUGGAAGCCUCGAUCGACAUUUACAGAGAAGCUGAUGCAAACACAGGGAAUGCUGUUUCUUUUCUGGAGGGGGAGGACAUGACUCUUCUUGCAGUUUCGGUACUCUCUUUCCAUCAUUAGAGGACCGGCGCCUUAUUAAGGAAGCCACAAUUAUUGGUGCAGUGUGAAACGGCUUCCGGGAUCUUUUUGCUGCACCCUUAGAAACUUCACCAUCUUCAUACUCUUCUUUCAUGGUUCCGUUAAUUCUCAAGGAGCAGCAACUCGACCGGUUUUCCCAGGGGCAGGCAAAAUACCUGCAACAGAAACACCUCAGGCCUGAGAAGGAAGUGCCCUCUCAGACGGACUCUUGCGUGUUGAGUGUGCCUUCACAUCCUGGUGCAAAUCACGUGUACCCAAGAACUCUGGCUUUUUCACAACACCUUACCAUCAUCAUGCCAGCAAUGGCUUCCACAAAAUGUUAAACCUGGUAACCAGAGACUAUUGGUGACUCUAGUUGUGUUAGAUAUUGUGAAAUGUGACCACCUCUCAAUCAUAUCUGAGGGCUAAUGAGUAGCAAAUCAAAAGGACUCUGAAAUCCCGUACCCAACUCUUAAAAAGGGGCUCUGAGUUAAUGUUACCAACUUGUCCUACUACUUUAGAUAGAAUAUUCAUGAGCGUUGUUAAUUGGCUGGAAGAGUAUCACCUGAAGUCUUGGGAACAUCUGUCCACGUCUCUGCCUCCAUAAGUGUCUGGGCAUUUCAUCAUUAGUCCCCUCACUAAACUGUAGCAUCAGGAUGCUUAGAGAGGGGAAGUGAUUUUAGCACCCACACCCACACUCUCCUAUGCCUGGGAGGGAUGUCUUUGAAGAGGAGAAAUUGGGGCACUGGACACUGUCUGGAGGAUAUGGACUUUUUUUAGUGAGCUUCAAACCCAGCUGCCAAUGAAUGAAAGGCCUCAGAAAGCAACAGAUAACACAAGCAUUGUCUUUAAUCCAGUGACAUCACCUGGUGUCUCUUGGAUGCUUUGUGGUAACCUGGGACUACCUGAUUUUCUUUAACCUGGUCCCUUGCUACUUCCUUGAACUGUCUGUCUAACCUCUCUCUUUCUGUUUAAUUCUUUAUUACUACCAUUCACCCUGCUGCAGGAUUUGUGUCAGCCUUCUUGCCUGGUUGCUGAGACUCCCAUUUUGUUGCCACGUCCGGAGAAGAAAGAGGCAGGCUUCAAGGAGCAUGUGUUUCAGCACACAAUCUCCAAUUGCCAAAAUACAGUUUAAGCAGUAGAAAAACAUGAUCUGUAUUUCAAAUUGACUAUCAGAAAGAGGAGUCUAAUGGUGAAGUCUGAUUUUUCAUCAACAUCUUCUUUCACAUAUUCAUUAUCACCCACCCUUAUCCUUGCAUGUUUAAAUACUUAAAUGUUUUAGCUGUAGAGUAGUGAUGUCCUUUAACAGUGUUUUAAAGUGGUGACUGCUCAAAAAUUAUUUCCAUUGAAUUACAAAAUACUAUCCAAUUCUGUGUUAGAGUUAAGCUAAUUAAAAUUGAUAAGUAACGUAGUAUAAAAUAUUUCCUUACUGUGAACUUCUCUUACAACACUGUGAAUAAGAGGCUCCUCAGAACUGGAGUUUUGUAUAAUAGUUCAUCCUGUUCAUCUUCAAUCUUCUAUUUUUAACAUCAUAUAAUUUCAAUUUUAUUAAUUAGGCCUUUAAAAAUCACACAUACAAAAAGAUGCAAAUUCAAAUAAGAUCCCUAAUUGGCUAUUUAAUCCAAAAGAACUUUCUUUUUCUUUUUCAAUGGAAUCAGAAAAGCUUGUCAGUCACUCAUGUGUCUUAGAGUCCGUCAUUACUUUUAAAAUGGUGCAUUUGUGCUUCUGGACUAUUUUGAAGCGUCACUUCAGUUUACCUCAGAUAUCAGUCCAUCCUUCAUACAUUUGAAUUCAAAUUGUGUUGUGUCAAAUUUACAGUUGUCAAUUGAUCUUCAAACUGCAGAGGGCCUAGGAAUGGCUCGUCUGCAGCCUGGCAUGUGCACACGGACAUUCGCCAUCACUGCAAGGAAACGUCUGGAGAUGUUGGCCAGCAACGACAACGGUCAGGGAGAACAUGGUGGUAUGGGUUAACAACUCACGGAUGAAGACCCUGACACACAUUUGGCUAUUCAGUAAAGCUUGUGAAAAACUAUUGGCAGUGUGUACUAUGCUCUAUUGCUAUAUAUGCUAUCUAUAAAUAUAGGCGUUAAGGAUAAGUAAUCUCAAAUCUGUUGUUCUAUACGAUCAGAAUUUUAUUAAGUUUCCUUUCACUCAGUUGAUUUAUUUUGUUGCUGUUGAUCGAAUUUAUGUUAAUUGGAUACUUUAAAUUUUUGGCAUUUUCCAACAAAAAUGCCUUUAAUCAUAAGAAAGGAAAGAUCAAAAGAACUAAAUCUCUGUCUGAAGAAGUUAGAAAGGGAGCAAAAUAAAAACAUAAAGAAGAUAAAUAAAUCGACCUCAGACUUAUUAAACAAAGCCAACAGUCAACCCUUGAAACAAAUUGGCAAAAUUGAUUGACUUUUGGCCUAAAUUUGCACUGUUAAUUAGAAAAAUCAGGAAAGAAGCAGCUAGGAGCUCCCAUUGUUAGGCAAACCUAGAAAGAACUAGCUAAGGUCAUCAUGCUAGUAUACGGAAAUGGAAAUUUACAUACAUUUCUGAAGCGUCAGUUUAGUUGAGCAGUGAGGUAUUUGUAUUAGAUCCUGGAAAUGAGUUGGUUUGAUUAAAUCAUGUGCGGUAGCGCAGUGAAUUAGCAGGUGCACAGAAUAAGAGGGGCACAUCUAUAUCGUGCAGUCUGGGUUUCUGUUUAAGUUCGCAGGUACCUCUUGGACUCCUGAAUUGAUCCAGUUGUCAUCAGCCACAGACGUCUAACAUCAGAUAGAAAUCCAAGAUUGGCAACAAAGAACACGGCUGGAAGGAGAUGGGUAGAAAUGAUGGACCACCUGCAGAGGUGAAGAGCCUGGUGGGAACCACCUACGUUUUCAUCAGAAGAAAGAAUGUACAUCUUGGGACGGGAAGUUCUUUGUUGUUUCAGAUUGUAGAAUGCUAUCGAAUUGGUCUGUGGGAAAUCGCAUUGUUUUUUUUUUAUUUCUUUGUGUAAUCAGUUUAAGUACUAGGGGAUAUAUAUAAUCAUAAGUAUUUUAGGGUGGGAGGGAUUAUUAGUAAUCUUAAAUGGGUAGGAUUAAACAGCAUGAUUAUGUAUUAGAUAUCUCUAUAAGUGAACGUGUACUUAUGAUCCUUUACUCUGUGAUUGCUACCCUUUGCCCUUGUGAUUUCAAAUAUACUCUGGAGGGAACUGCAGGGAGGUCAAACUACUUAGAGCGAAUUGGACAUGAAUAAAACCCUUGUGGGAGAAAGUUAAAAAAUGAUUGGAUAGAUAAUUUAAUAGAUGCUCUUUGCUCUGGGUAUUAACUCCAGGGAUCAAGAUGGUGAGCUAAGCCUUUAGAGAGUUACUGGGUGGAGAGAUACCCUUUGAGAAUUUGUUGCUGGAAUGCAAUUGAUAAUGAUGGAUGGUACAUAUUUAUGGAAGUUAUAUGAAAGCGAUGAAUAAGAACACUUGCCCCCAUCAGUAGCCCUCCUCUUUACCCCUGCCUCUUCUCCCUACCCCUACACCUCCUGCCUACCCCUCUCCCACAUCCCUACCCUUCCCCAUUUUAUUAUUGUAUUCUCUUUACUCUAUUUCUCUCAAUUUACUAAUAUUGCAUUGAUGUUAUAAUAAAAAUUCAAUUAAUAAAGAUUUAGUGGUUAAGUGCAAA